GACACGGCGGGUUCCCCCGACCCUGCCGCCGCGGUAGCGCUGGCCCCGGCCCCGGACCCCGGGGGACGCGGGUCCCAGCCACGCGCGGGUGGGGUUUGGGGGCGCGGGGUGCUCGGGGUGAAGGGCUCACGUUAUAAAGGUUAUACAAGUUUGAGGGUGCGGGCAGCCCCCUCGUCAGGUGUUUCUGUUAAGUCGCCAUCAGCAGCGCCGCGGGCGCUGAGGAGUUAUAAAGCCCGGCGUAGUGGAUGCGCCCAUUGCUUAACCACACGCUGCCCUCGGACCCGCGGCCGCCCCGGAACCCUCGGGCGCGAUGCGCGUUUCCUGCUGGCGACCCGUCCGCUCGUACCGAGGCGUGAGGGGGACCGGCGAAGCGGGCGGACCUGGGCGGGCGGCGGGCCGCCAUGGCGUCGACCCCGCUGGCGGCGGCGGCCGCGGCCGGGAGCGGCGUUGAGGCGAGCUCGGGAUCUGAGGAGACGGGGCCGGCGCCGCCCGACCGCGACUUGGCUGCGCUCUUUGAGCAGGCGGCCGAGCGGUUGCCGGCGCUGCUGCCCACCGCCAGCAAGGAGCAGCUGCUCUACCUGUACGCCCGCUUCAAGCAGGUGAAAUUUGGAACCUGUAACACUCCCAAGCCAAGCUUCUUUGAUUUUGAGGGAAAGCAGAAAUGGGAGGCUUGGAAAGCCCUGGGAGAUACCAGCCCUCAUCAAGCUAUGCAGGAGUAUGUUGCUACAGUGAAGAAACUGGACCCCAGUUGGAAUCCUCAGAUGACAGAGAAGAGGGGAAAGGAAAACAAAACCGCAUUUGGAGGCCCAGUUGUCAGCUCAUUAUAUCAAGAAGAAACAAUCAGGGAAGAGGACAAGAACAUUUUUGAUUACUGCAGAGAAAACAACAUUGACUAUGUAACCAAAGCCAUUCGAUCGAAAAAAGUGGAUGUGAAUGUUACAGAUGAGGAGGGUCGGGCUCUGCUCCACUGGGCAUGUGACAGGGGACACAAGGAGCUGGUUUCAGUCCUGUUGCAACACACUGCUGACGUUAACAGCCAGGAUGGGGAAAGCCAGACUGCACUCCAUUACGCUGCUGCCUGCGAGUUUCUGGACAUCGUGGAGCUGUUGCUGAAGUCGGGUGCCGACCCCACUCUCCGGGACCAGGAGGGCUGCCUGCCAGAGGAGGUGACAGACUGUAAAGCCAUCACUUCGGCUCUGCAGCAGCACACCGCUGGCAAGACCUAACCCCACAGCCACACGCAGUGGGGAGGACAGAGACGCUCCGCAAUAACGCCCCUUCUCUUCCCCCACUGCCCUCCGAAAGGCAUUGGGGGUUUGAAGGGGAGCUUUUAGAGUACAGGGUCUGGGUGGGCUCUCCAGCACCAGGGCUGGCUGGCCAAGCGCGUAUCCUGGUCAGGAUGGGAUCAGGGUUUUGCAUGCUCUGACAUUUACCAGUACUGGGUGGGGGGAGGGAGCAAGGGAGGGGAAAGAAAGGGUCUGGAGAAAGCCCCAAGUAUUGUUUUAAUGUAUUAAAUACAAGUACUGCAUUAGAUGUCUCACCAGAGCAGCCUGUGCUGACUGGUCGGCUCCUUGUGGGGAGGGGAUAGCUGCUGGACCAGGUGAGAUGCUCAUCUCUGCCCUUUGGGUUGAGUUUUGGGGGUUCGUUUUUAGUUGUUUGGGGUUUUUUCCUGGGUCCAAACAAAAUAUUAUAAAUAAAAGAAAAGCACAGUGUGGGA